ACUCUGGGGUAUUUCUCAUCUAUAACAGUGAGCUGCCCGGCUGCUUGGAGACAAAAGAUUCCCUAGUGAAGAUUUCCAAGGCCUGUAACUCCAGCGCUCCAUCUCAGAAAUGGAAAUGGGUUUCUCGGAGCCGGCUUUUCAACAUCGGGGCCAUGCAGUGCUUGGGUGUCUCCUUGAAGUCUGCCAACACCAGCACAGCGACGACCCACACCCUGGCCACCUACGAGUGUGACCAGGAGUCUGUCAACAUGCGGUGGAACUGCCGGGUCCUCGGGGACCAGCUCUCUCAGUACUUGAACGCCCGGCUGGGAAACUGGUCGCUGGCCUCGGCGGAGAGGGGUGACCAGGCGCGCAGAGGCCAGUGGAAAGUGUACGGCCCAGAAGACGACCUGUGCUCCAAGCCGUAUUCUGAAAUUUACACCAUCCAAGGCAACUCGCACGGGAAGCCCUGCACAAUCCCCUUCAAGUACGAUAACCUUUGGUUCUACGAUUGCACCGGUAUGGGUCGUGAGGAUGGUCACCUCUGGUGUGCCACGACACAGGAUUACGGCAAAGACGAGAGAUGGGGCUUCUGCCCCAUUAAGAGCAAUGACUGUGAUACCUUCUGGGACAGGGACCACCUCACCGGCAGCUGCUACCAGUUCAACUUCCAGUCCACCCUGUCUUGGCAGGAGGCUGGGAAGAGCUGUGAACAGCAAGGGGCCGGCCUGCUCAGCAUCACCGAGAUCUACGAGCAGACAUACAUCAACGGACUGCUGACGGGUUAUAGUUCCACCCUCUGGAUUGGACUUAAUGAUCUGGACCUGAACGGGGGCUGGCAGUGGUCAGACAACGCACCCUUGAAGUUCCUCAACUGGGAGAAUGGUCAGCCAGACAACCCCCAUGAGGAGAACUGUGGAGUGAUCCGGACUGAAUCGUCAGGGGGAUGGCAAAACCGGGACUGCAGCAUUGCCUUGCCUUAUAUCUGCAAGAAAAAACCAAAUGCCACCUCUAAUACCUACCUGACAGACAAAUGGCUGUCUCUAAGACUUCCUUGCUUCCCUUCCCUCAGCACUGAAAUCUCACAUUGCAUCCCGCUGGAUUCUUUGAGCUGAUUUGCUAGUGUUUGGGAGGGGACGCUUGGUUAGGAAAGUGGAGUUACUGACCGGCAGUUUUGCCUUGCUUUGGCAGAUGUUGAAGAACUCUGGAUUGGCCUGAACGAUCUCCGCUUGCAGAUGGACUUUGAGUGGUCUGAUGGAACACCAGUGCAGUUCACCUUCUGGCACCCCUUUGAGCCCAACAAUUUCAGGGACAACCUGGAGGACUGUGUCACGAUCUGGGGACCGGAAGGGAGAUGGAAUGACAGCCCUUGUAACCAGACAUUGCCCUCCGUCUGUAAGAAGAAGGGGCGUGUGAAUCCAGGCAGAGAAGACGAGGACCAUGGCUGCAGAAAGGGCUGGAAGUGGCACACACCGUCUUGCUAUUGGCUAGGAGAUGAGCACAUCAAGUACGCAGAAGCUCGGAAGAUAUGCAUGGACUAUGGGGCUACUCUGCUCACCAUCACGAACAGGUUCGAACAGGCCUACGUGAACAGUCUCAUUUACAGCUGGGAGGAUGAGUAUUUCUGGACUGCGCUGCAGGACAUAAACGAAACGGGGUCUUUCCAUUGGCUGAGUGGGGAUGAAGUCACGUACACCCACUGGAAUCGUAAUCAACCAGAUUAUAGUAAAGGGGGCUGCAUUGCCUUGGCUACGGGGAGCGCCAUGGGCCUGUGGGAAGUGAAGAACUGCACCACUUUCCGGGCCAAAUACAUCUGCAGGCAGAACCUGGGGACUCCGGUGAACCCUGAGCUUCCUGUGCCCCGCCCCACCCCCAGCCUGACAGGCACCUGCCCUCCAGGGUGGAGCACCAGCCCCAAGAUGCGGCAUUGCUACAAGGUGUUCCACUAUGACCAACUGCAAGAGAAGAAGAGCUGGAUCACGGCCCACCUGUUCUGCCAGGAUCUGAAAGCACAGCUUCUCAGCCUGGGCAGCUACGAGGAGGAGCACUUUGUAGCCGACACGCUCAACAAGAUCUUUGGGUGA